AGAAAAAAGAAGAAUUCCCGAAAACCUGGUCAGUUGGAGAAGUGAAUGCGAGAUUGUGAUCGGUAUCGUCUUCAAUCCUAUCUACAAAAUUUUCUUAUUGCAAGUCGCUGCAAUUUUUGAACUGGAAUUCGCUCCAAAAAUGGCUGCGAAACUACAAAUAUUUACGGGGUUAACCUUGGCAUCAACACCUGCGUCCUCGUUCCAGGCCUCUUCUUCGUCUUUGUCGUUGAGCACCAAUACUCACUGUGUGGUCAAGAGGCCUCUCACGACGUCGUUCUUCGGUGGCGGAGUGGGAGCUCUGAAAGUUGAGUUAAUAAGGUUAUCUCCUUCCAAUGGACAACAUUCUUUUAGACAACGUGGUGGUGCUCUUGGUGCCCAAAUGAACCUUUUUGACCGGUUUGCUAGAGUUGUCAAGUCAUAUGCAAAUGCAUUGAUAAGUUCCUUUGAGGACCCGGAGAAAAUUUUGGAGCAAACGGUUCUUGAAAUGAAUGAUGACUUAACAAAGAUGCGUCAGGCCACUGCACAAGUGUUGGCAUCUCAAAAGCGGUUGGAAAAUAAGUACAAAGCUGCUCAGCAAGCUUCUGAGGAUUGGUAUCGCAAGGCACAGUUUGCCCUUGGGAAAGGAGAUGAAGAUCUUGCACGUGAAGCCUUAAAAAGGCGUAAAUCUUUUGCAGAUAAUGCUAAUGCUUUGAAAGCUCAACUUGAUCAACAGAAAAAUGUUGUUGAGAAUCUUGUCUCUAAUACACGGAUUUUGGAGAGCAAGAUACAGGAAGCAAGGUCAAAGAAAGAUACUCUGAAAGCACGUGCACAGUCUGCAAAGACUGCAACCAAAGUGAGUGAAAUGGUGGGUAAUGUCAAUACAAGUAGUGCCCUUUCUGCUUUUGAAAAGAUGGAAGAAAAAGUGUUGGCAAUGGAAUCUCAAGCAGAAGCUCUCGGCCAGUUAACUGCUGAUGAUCUGGAAGACAAGUUUGCAUUGCUAGAGGGCUCAUCAGUUGAUGAUGAUCUUACUGAAUUGAAGAAAGAACUAUCAGGUGGCUCAAAGAAAGGAGAUCUUCCACCUGGACGAACUGCCACUACAAGCACAAAUACAGCAUACCCAUUUCGAGAUGCAGAGAUAGAGAAAGAGCUGAAGGAAUUAAGACAGAAGGCAAAGGAGUUCUAAAUUUUACUUGGCAGGCAAAAGUAUUUGGAAUCUGCAAGUGCAAAUUUGGAUAUGGUUCCAUUUCGCAAAGAUGUUUAACAUUUGUAUAGCGUAAGGCCAAACAGAUUGGAUUGUAUAGGUAAACGCCAAACUAGAUGAAUCAUCCACAAUGUUCCAAUGGGGUAUGUAACCAGCUUAGCUGCAUGCUUUAUGAUUAUUACGAUGCCACUGGCUUUUGUCAUGUUGUAAUUGUAAAGUGCUGUCGUUAGAAAUAUUACUUUGGAUUAUGUGCAAUACCUUAUUAAUGGUAUUUUUGGAACCAUUUUUGGCAAUUUUCUAUA